UGUAGCCUACGAAAAAACGUCAGCAGAGGGCGUUCUAGGCUUAGGUCACGGUACCGCCGUCUGGCUGUAUUUCCAUAUGUGUAUUUCCCGGUAUUUCCCAGUUGACGGCCAGGAGCUGUAGAAGAACAGCAGAUGAUCAUAUGAAUCAUUGUGACGGCUGUACAGAGAUUGAUGCAUCUGUAAUCCCUGUAAUGAAUGAUGGAGACCUGGCAAAGUACAUCCCUUAAACUGGAGAUAGAAUAGCUACUGUGGCCUUCUGUCGGAAAGCCAAUGCAUCACUUGACACAAAGAGCAGGAAAGAGUCUAUACUGACAAGGCUACGUCAGAGACUGUCUGGAGAAGCACCUGUACCUGUGAAAAAAAGCCAUUGGCAGGAAAUGCAAAUGCCAAAAAAAAAGAUAGAUGGGUUAAGCUUGGCUGGAUGGACUUUAAUGAAAAAGACAAACGGUAUAAACAAGUAAAGGCAAUCAAUGGGGGAGGAACGAGACACCUGACAAUCAACAAGGAUAAAACAGUAAUGGAAAUCAAAAAACUAGCUGAAGACCUGUUUUUCCCAAAUGGUUUUUCGAAAAAAAAGAAAAGGCUCUCAGAUUAUUCUACUAAAAUUGAAUCGUCUCAGGUACAUGUCAACAGUUGGAGCACUGUGGAUAACUUGUAUGAAGAAAGCAAAGUAAAAACUCUUAGACUGUAUCUUUGUACCAAAAGAGUAAAUGUGGAGUUGUCCUCUGAGGAAGAGGAAGCAAAGAUGCAUUUAACUUCAACCCCAACUGUUGAUCUCACAGGACAUGAGCCACAUGCUUCAACUGAGGUACAAGAUAUGGAUGACCUCGAGAUUAUAAUUGGGGUUGUGGCAACUGAAGAUGUGCAGUUGGAUGACACUGUGCCAUGGAAUGAACAGCCACCACAGAGAUUGGUUGAACCUCAAUCUGUUCCUUGGCCUGACCAGCCACUGCAGAGCCCAAGCGAACAUCAACCAGCUCCUUCAAAUGAACAGCCACCGCAGGGAUUUGGUGGCCUUGUUGCAGAGCCAUGGAAUGACCAGACACUGGGUGAACGUGCUCCGGUUACACUGAUUAUUAGGCGGGGGCAUUGUCUCACUGACCUAAUCAAAGCCUUCACAAACCCAGAUAUUUUAAACGCUGAUGUGUUUAUUAAGAUACGCCUACCUAAUGGAAAACUUGAAGAAGGGGAGGGAAGUGGUGUGACCCGGGACUGCUUCACAGAGUUUUGGACAGACUUAUAUGAAAGGUGCACCAUGGGCGGGGAUGUGAAAGUACCCUUUAUUAGGCAUGAUUAUCAGUGUGAAGAGUGGCAGGAUAUUGCUAGAAUCUUAGUAGUAGGGUGGAAGAUUGCCCGCUAUUUCCCAGUGAAACUGGCGACACCAUUCCUUGAAGAGGUACUGUACUCCACAACCUUCAGCAGCUUAAAGGACACCUUCUUGCAGUACGUGUCUGAACAGGAGAGAGAGGUCCUUCAAAAGGCUUUGGAGGACUUUGACUCUGUUGACAGUGAUUCACUAUUUGAUGCUCUUGAGCCACACGAGUGCCAGCAGGUUCCUACAAAGGACAAUCUGAUCCCACUGCUCUCACAGAUGGGACACACAUCUCUCAUACAGGCACCAAUGUAUGUAAUCGAGUGUUGGCGUCCUAUUGUGGUGCACUUGGCAAGUGUGUUGCCACCAGAUGCUCUGCAUCAUGUCAUAGAGCAGAAGACCCCAACUGGAAAAGCUGUAAAGGACCUCCUGCAGUUUCCAGAUGUGAUGACUGCACCCGAAAAAGCAGUUGCCCGCUACCUGAUGAGAUAUGUAGGUGAAGUCGAUCUGAGAACCCUUCAGCUUUUCCUCCGCUUCUGCACUGGUUCAAAUUUGAUGGAAAAACCAAUUAAGAUAGAGUUCAUUGAAACCUCAGAUUUUGAGCGAAGACCACAAUCACAUACAUGUGGCUGCCUUUUAAAGCUACCUGUAGGAUACAACAAUUAUCCAGACCUCCGUAGUGAUUUCAAUACUAUACACACAAGCUCAGUAUGGGUAAUGGAUAUCAUCUAG